AUGUCGGUUGUCUCGGGGUGGGUGACCUUGUUCCUCUUGAUCGCCAUACCUUUGCUUGGCAAUGCAUUACGAAGCUUUCUCGGAUGGACACUACGAAAGCGAACAGAGGGUCGUCGUGCACACCUCCUGGCGCUCAUGACGGAGGAGGACAAGGCAGCCCGUGCGAACGAUCCCCAAGGCAGCUCCGAAACGAAGCUCGUAUUCGACGUCGACGAUGACCUCAAGAUUACACUAGACAAGCAGAAGGACUGGGACGGUGUUGUUGGCUUCUUUCAUCCUUUUUGCAAUGCCGGAGGCGGCGGGGAGCGAGUCUUGUGGGCUGCUAUUCGAGCGACGCAAGAUCGAUGGCCAAACGCAAAGUGUGUCGUCUACACUGGUGAUCACGAAGUUACAAAGGAUGCUAUUCUGUCUCGGGUUAAGCAUAGGUUCAACAUUGAGCUUCAUGCUCCUACCAUUACCUUCCUCUACCUUUCCAAGAGAGACUGGGUGCUCGCCUCUUCGUGGCCACAUUUUACUCUCCUGGGUCAGUCCAUUGGUUCCAUAAUACUCGCCUGGGACGCCUUCUCGCUGCUUGUCCCCGACGUUUUUGUCGACACCAUGGGCUACGCAUUUGCUCUCGGCCUUUGCAAGUUUCUCUUCCCCAAGGUUUCUACAGGAGCGUACGUGCACUAUCCAACAAUCUCGACCGAUAUGCUCGAGUCUCUGGACCCCAAUUCGGCCGUGGGAACACAAGGCGUCAACGCUGGUAAAGGUGUUGGAGCGCAGGGUGUUGCGAAAAAGACUUACUGGCAGCUAUUUGCCGUGCUCUAUUCAUGGGUCGGCUCGACAGUGGACAUCGUAAUGACCAACUCGACGUGGACUCAAGGGCACAUUCAGAGUCUAUGGGGCCCAUACCGCACAGGAAAGAGUAAGAAGGAUCCGAUCGUGGUGGUCUACCCCCCUACUGCCGUACGAGAGAUGGAACAAGAAGUCGAGGUGUCAGAGGAGAGUGAGAAGCGACGAGAAAAGGCCAUCGUUUACCUGGCACAGUUCCGACCCGAGAAGAAUCACCAGCUUAUUAUGCAGUCCUUUGCCACAUUCCUCAAGAGAAAGAGCGAAGCAUCCAAGGGUGCGCGUCUGAUCCUCAUUGGAAGCGUAAGAGACGACCACGACUCGAAGCGUGUGUAUCAGCUGCGCAUCCUUGCCAACGAGCUGGGCAUCAAAGACAGCGUCGAGUUUCAUCUUGACGCCUCGUGGUCAGAGAUCCUCGAGUGGCUGCGGAAGGCUUACAUUGGCGUUAACGGCAUGUGGAACGAGCACUUUGGUAUUGGAGUCGUGGAGUAUCAGGCUGCUGGGCUUAUUUCUGUCGUUCACGAUAGUGCUGGGCCCAAGUUUGAUAUCGUCGUGCCAAUCGACGGCGAACCAACUGGCUUCCACGCUACGACAGAAGAGGAGUUUGCGGAUGGUUACGAAAAGGCCCUGUCGCUGCCAGACCCAUUGGCAGUCCGCCUCAGGGCACGCGAGUCGGCAAAGAGGUUCACCGAAGAGGAGUUUGCCAAGAAAUGGACGGUUCAGAUGGCGCGGUUGGUGACGCUUUCGAGGUAG